CUCUCCCACUGUCACACCCACAGUAGGUAUAGUGUCACCAAUAGCGUAAGUUAGCCUUGGUGUGCUUUUAGGCUGCACCUUUCAAGUCUUGUGAGCGAUCUAGUAGAGUCUAGGAGACAGCCUCAGCCCUCAGGUCCCAAUGCAGACGAUUCUUCAUCAGUCUUCUGGGUGACAUAGAGGCCUGCCUGCCUGCCCUACCUGGUACCUGCUUGCCUUCCUGCCUGGUGCAUCUCCUGGCCCAUCAGAAAACACCAGACACCUGCAGGCUAACAGAAGAGGAGUCUGGGCUAACUGGACCAGACGUCAUCAUCACCACUAGUCUGCAUUACAUCUGUUGCUGGCCUGUCCUGUCUACACUCAGCAAUAGUCUCAUCCUUGCCAGAGACCACCCAGAGACCAGCACACCUUGGCCCAGGAGGCAGCAGCCAUGUCGAGUCUGGGGGAGAGUCUAUCAUCAGAGGGCAGCAGCCCAUCGUUACCGCCCCGCCUAGGUCUGCCCGAGAGCAACAUGGGACACAGGGCCGGGGCUGCCUGGGAGAUGGAGAACACCAAGCCCUGCAUGGAGGCUCUGGAGCAUUGCGGCUUUCCAGGCCUCUACCUGUCCUGCUUCGACAUGCUCUUUACCGAGGACGCCGCCUGGCUGGUGAAGGUGUCCGAGGCCUCCCCGGGUCUGGCCUGCGCCAUGCCUGUCCCUGUACCCAGGAUGGCGCACGGGGAGGAGCCAGAGCAGUGCCCCGUCAUCGACAGCCAGGCCCUGGGGCUCUCCCCGGGGCUAGAGGGCCAGGAGGAGGAGCGCUCCCUGGAACAAGUCCAGAGCAUGGUGGUCGGAGAGGUUCUGAAGGACAUCGAGACGGCCUGCAAGCUGCUCAACAUCACCCCAGACCCCAUGGAGUGGAACUCGGGGAACGUUCAGAAGUGGUUGCUGUGGACAGAGCAUCUGUACAGACUGCCUCAGGCUGGAAAGACCUUCCAGGAGCAGACUGGGAAAGACCUGUGUGCCAUGAGUGAAGAGGACUUCAGGCAGAGGGUCCCUCAGUGUGGAGACACUCUGCACGCCCACCUGGACAUCUGGAAGUCAGCUGCCUGGAUGAAAGAGAGGUGUUCAGUUGGAGACAGCAAAAUCACAGGCGGAGAAGAGCUGUGGUUGGAGGCAGACUCGUCGUGCUCAGGCCAGCCCAUCCACCUGUGGCAGUUCCUCAGAGAGCUGCUCCUCAAGCCCCACAACUACGGACGCUGCAUCCGCUGGCUCAACAAGGAGAAAGGUAUUUUCAAAAUCGAGGACUCUGCUCAGGUGGCGAGACUCUGGGGACGGAGGAAGAACCGUCCAGCGAUGAACUAUGACAAGCUGAGCCGCUCCAUACGGCAGUACUACAAGAAGGGCAUCAUCCGCAAGCCUGACGUCUCCCAGAGACUGGUCUACCAGUUUGUCCACCCAGUAUAAGGGGAAGGAGGAGGACAAAGGCCUACAAAGAAAGGGCCACACGAUCACACCUUGGUCUUGAACAUUACACAACUGAGCUGAAAAGGGGUACAACAAAUGCACUGGCCAACCCCUGUCAGUACACAUACCCUUUGCCAGUACUGAAGUGUCAGCUGCCAAAGCUGGCAAAUUAAGAUUUUAUUUUUUUAACGCAGAGAAGAAAUUUGAGACAAACAUUUUAAGUGAUCUUUCUCUGGACUGCCCCUGCCAUCUGAACUGCCUUUUUAAUUUGCAUGAUCUGCCUGUCCUUGUUUUCCUAUUGUGUCAUUUAACCAAUAAUCAGUAUCUUAAAACAACACUGUAGAAUGAAGAACAGUUUGUUGUUUGUUMAUUUAUCAGAUCUGGUCCCCGUCCUUAGUCUGGGAAUGUAUUUAGGAGUUUUGCUUCAGUAGCGUUCAGUUCUGGCAGUUAUCCAGAGGAGCAAACAGCUCCCUCUUUUUUUAUUAAAUCACAUGGCACACUUCGGAAUUCUCCCGAAAGGCAUUUACAAUAGAGAAUUAGAGCAGUUCACUGAACCUGAAUGGGAGUGCAUCAACAACUCCCUGACAAUGAACUGAAACAGCCACCACAGUCAUCCGACCCUCUCCUAUAUGCACGCUCCAUUAACCCACAGUGGCAAGAAAAAGUAUGUGAACCCUUUGGAAUUACCUGGAUUUCUGAAUAAAUUGGUCAUAAAAUUA